GAUUCACACGUCCCAUCCCUGCUGCCAUGACACAGUCAUUCUCCGGCAAAGGCUGGAAGACAGCAGCUGACGCAGGCAAAGGCGGAGGCCAGGCUGAUUGCGCAAAAGGCCUGACCUGCACCCGCUCAGACUGCUACUUCACCCAUCCCCCAGGCUGGAAAGGAAAAGGCGGGUCAGCCGCAUCAGCACCUGCAGCAGCUGACGCAGGCAAAGGCGGAGGAGGCAAGGCUGAUUGUGCAAAAGGCCUGGCCUGCACCCGCUCAGACUGCUACUUCACCCAUCCUCCAGGCUGGAAAGGAAAAGGCGGGUCAGCCGCAUCUUCACCUGCAGCAGCUGACGCAGGCAAAGGCGGAGGAGGCAAGGCUGAUUGUGCAAAAGGCCUGGCCUGCACCCGCUCAGACUGCUACUUCAGCCAUCCCCUAGGCUGGAAAGGAAAAGGCGGGUCGGCCGCAUCAGCACCUGCAGAAGCUGACGCAGGCAAAGGCGGAGGAGGCAAGGCUGAUUGUGCAAAAGGCCUGGCCUGCACCCGCUCAGACUGCUACUUCACCCAUCCUCCGGGCUGGAAAGCGAAUGUUUCAGCCGCAUCAGCACUUGCAGCAGCUGACGCACGCAAAGGCAGAGGAGGUAUGGCUGAUUGUGCAGCUGAAGCAGCCCCGGCUGCACCUGCAGCAGCUGGCAAGGGUAAAGGCAAAUCUGAGCCGGCAGCGCUCGAGGGGUUAUUGCUGUCUCAGCCUGACUCUGACGCGGCAAGACUUCCUUCUGCAGCAGUCGCCGCAAUUUUGGAGCAUGCUUUGACGAUCAGGAACCAGUUCAGUGUGGAGUUGCAGCCGCUGUCUCGCGUUGGGAUCUUGCUGAAAGGCUCUGCCGAUGCGCUGUGCAACGCCCGCUGUGUUCUGAGCCGCGUGGCUUGUGUCCAAGACCGCUUCACCGUGCACAGGCUCAUAGUGGGAAAGUACCGAUUCCUGGAAGUCUCCGCAGAGGAGCGCGAACUUGUAGACCAGCUAUGGCAAGGACGCCGUGUAGUAGUGCAGAAGACCGGCAAACUUUGCAUCGUGCAGAAGCUCCAAGUUCAAGUUGGGAUGUCAGCAGGUAUCAGGCUCAUUGCCACUGUGAAGCCAGUCGUUGACGAAGAGGAUGAGGGCCUGACAUUUGAAGAGGGAGCUGAAGGACUCCUGUGCUGGGACACCUAUGGAAGGCCAGACGCAAUCAUAGUGGAGCACAAGACCCUGGGCUCUGAUGCCUUGUGUCAGGUUUUUGUUCGCCAUUGCUGCAGCCAGGUGGCCCCAGUGGAGGCUGUGGAGGUCACGGCUUUGGGAGGAGAUUAUGUCCGGUCCCGGGUGACUUUCGACAUCUCCGCAGAGCCCUACGCAGCGGAGCGCACCUUGACUCUCCUGGACGGCCGCAUGGUCGGCAGCGUGCGCUUGAAGUUCUGGUGGCCUGCCCGCGGGCUCUCAUUCGACUGACCACGGGCACCCCCCGGGUCCUUCGCGUCAAUGACCACCGGCCAGAGGAAGCGCUCAAGGCCAUGUUCCCUCAGGGCUUGGUUAAGAAGGUCACGCAAUUCACGAGAAGGAAGACUGUCCUAUGCAGACAUUUCCUUGCCGGCAGCUGCAGG